AUGUCUCUUGCCACUCUCCGAGGCACUUCGCGUGCUCUCCGCACCCUGCCGAGAUGGGCGCCGCCGACGACGUCGGUAAUCCGUCUUCAGGCCGGUGCUCGCAGGGCCCAGUCAUCGUCGGCCGCCUCACUCGAAGGGCAGCAAAGUUUGUUGUCUGCUCAUCUGCGCGAGGCCGAUCCCGCCGUCUUCGAUAUCAUCGAGAAGGAGAAGAAGCGUCAAAAACAUUCCAUCAACCUCAUCCCCUCGGAAAACUUCACCUCCCAGGCCGUCCUCGAUGCCUUAGGCAGUGUUAUGCAAAACAAGUACUCGGAGGGGUAUCCAGGUGCCAGAUAUUAUGCCGGUAACGAGUUCAUUGACCAGUCCGAGCGACUGUGUCAACAACGAGCACUCGAGACCUUUGGUCUCAGCGAGAAGGAGUGGGGGGUCAACGUGCAGCCUCUCUCCGGCGCCCCAGCAAACCUAUACGUAUACUCGGCUGUCAUGAACACACACGACAGACUGAUGGGUUUGGACUUGCCCCACGGCGGCCACUUGUCGCACGGAUACCAGACACCCACCAAGAAGAUUUCAGCAAUCUCCAAGUACUUCGAGACCGUCCCCUACCGGCUAGACGAGAAAACCGGCCUGAUCGAUUACGAGAAGCUGGAUGAACUGGCCCAGAUAUACAGACCAAAGGUUAUCGUGGCAGGAACCAGUGCCUACAGCCGCUUCAUCGACUACAAGGCCAUGAGGGACACAGCUACCAAGGUCGGCGCAUAUCUGGUAGCAGACAUGGCUCAUAUCUCUGGCAUGGUCGCUGCCAAGGUUCUCCCAAGUCCCUUCAACUACGCCGACAUCGUAACAACUACUACGCACAAGAGUCUACGUGGCCCACGCGGUGCCAUGAUCUUCUACCGCAAGGGUGUGCGGUCUGUCAACAAGAAGAAGGAGGAGGUUAUGUACGACCUCGAGGGCCCGAUCAACGCCUCCGUGUUCCCCGGCCACCAAGGUGGGCCGCACAACCACACCAUCACGGCACUCUCGGUGGCCUUGAAGCAGGCUCAGGCGCCUGAAUUCCGCGCCUACCAGGAGCAAGUCCUCGCCAACGCUCAAGCAUUUGCCAAGCGCCUUAGUGAGCCGAAGAACAGCGGCGGUCUCGGAUACACCGUCGUCAGUGGUGGUACAGACAACCACCUUGUCUUGGUCGAUCUCAAGCCUCAGCAAGUCGAUGGUGCCAGAGUUGAGCGUGUCCUGGAACUUGUCGGCGUAGCCAGCAACAAGAACACCGUCCCAGGUGACAAGUCAGCCAUGGUCCCUGGUGGUCUGCGGAUGGGUACCCCUGCCAUGACUACCCGUGGCUUCAACCAGGAUGACUUUGUUCGUGUAGCUGACAUUGUCGACCGUGCCGUGACAAUUGCGGCCAGGGUUGACAAGGCUGCCCGCAAGGCUGCCGAGGAGAAGGGUGACAAGUACAAGCUCAAGUUCUUCUUUGACCACCUUGGUGGCGGUGAGGAUGACUCGGAGAUCGUCCAGUUGCGUUCCGAGGUUGCUGACUGGGUCGGAACCUACCCAUUGCCAUGGAUCCAGGAUGGCAAGGCAUAA